CCGAUGGAGGCUGUCUGAGAAGUGACCACUCAGCCCUCCCUACAUCUCAUCUCUCUCCAACUCCACCACUUCAACUCAAAUUUACCAUUCUACCCUUCUUCUCACUGUAAGCCACACACUAGAAACACACUGACAAUGGAACUCAGAAGAAGCUGCAUUGUGAUGUUGUACACUCUGUUAGUAGUAGUGAACAUAGCUGAAGAAACUUGUGCAUCAAUGGCUUUCAAGAAUGUAACCCUACAAGGCCAACACCCUUCCCCUGAGCUUGUUGCUCAAGAUCUUCAAAGGAGGGUAAAUGUGUCAAUAACAAGAAGAGAAAUGCUAUCAUACGCCAACGAGGACACAACAACCAACUGCCUCACCGGAAACCCCAUCGACGACUGCUGGCGUUGCGACCCCAACUGGCACCUCAACCGCCAACGUCUCGCCGACUGCGGCAUAGGCUUCGGCCAAUACGCCUUAGGCGGCAAAGGCGGCCGUUACUACGUCGUCACCGACUCCUCCGACCACGACGCCGUCAACCCCCGUCCAGGCACUCUCCGGUGGGCUGUCAUCCAAACUGAACCCCUCUGGAUCGUCUUCCCCACCAACAUGCACAUCCAACUCUCACAAGAACUCAUCUUCAACAGCUUCAAAACCGUCGACGGCCGUGGCGCCAACGUCCACAUCACCGGCGGGGGCUGCAUUACUCUCCAGUACAUCACCAACGUCAUCAUCCAUAACAUCCACAUCCACCAUUGUUACGAGUCCGGCAACACCAAUGUCCGGUCAAGCCCAACGCAUUACGGGUACAGAACAAAAUCCGACGGCGAUGGGAUUUCCAUAUUCGGGUCUCGUGAUCUUUGGAUUGAUCACUGCUCGUUGUCGCAUUGUAAAGACGGGUUGAUAGACGCCGUCAUGGGGUCCACCGGAAUCACCAUAUCCAACAACUUCUUCUCGCAUCACGACGAGGUAAUGCUGUUAGGACACAGCGAUGAUUACUUGCCGGAUUCCGGCAUGCAGGUGACCAUCGCUUUCAAUCACUUCGGAGAAAAGUUGGUGCAGAGAAUGCCCCGGUGCCGGAGAGGGUAUAUUCACGUCGUUAACAAUGUGUAUUCCCGGUGGGAAAUGUACGCUAUCGGAGGUAGUGGAAAUCCGACGAUCAACAGUCAAGGAAACCGGUAUACUGCUCCGGCGAAUCCUAACGCCAAGGAGGUGACGAAGAGGGUGGAAACAGCACAGGAGCAUUGGAGAGGGUGGAAUUGGAGGAGUGAGGGAGAUAUUCUGGUGAACGGAGCUUUCUUUGUGGCUUCCGGCGAAGGGUUAGAGCUCAAGUAUGAGAAAGCUUACAGUGUCGAGCCUAAAUCCGCCGGAUUGAUCGACCAACUCACCAUGAACUCCGGCGUGCUUGGUAGCAGGAGCAAUAAGCUUGGGAAGUGGACUGAUGGGAAUGGAGAUGCUGAAGUAGGCAUAGAUGGUGGCGAAAAUGACUAUGGUGAAGAUAGUGAUGGCUCCUUUCGACUGAAUUCAUUUACCUUGAUUUCAUCUCUUUUUAUUGCAAUGUUAUCGUUCAUGAUUUCAUGCUCAAUUUGUGAUUCAAUCAUGUUAUUGUGACAACAAAACAUUUGGGAAAAAGUUCUCCAAAUUGAUUUUGAAUCUUCAAGAAAUUUCAGUUUCUAUUUCUCCUUUGA